AACGAAUUGUCGGCAACCAGAUUCAUCUGUCAAUAACAGCUGAUAAACGUUUGUGUAAAAAUUAGUUCAAAGUUGUUUUGUAAUUCAGUAUGACUUCAACAAAGACUUUGCGCUCAUUAUUACAAGAGCUACGUUCGGCUUCACCUAAAGGUUGCAUUAAAAACUCGCUGGCCGCGCGAUAUAUCCUGGCACAAUACAAGAAAUAUUCCACAACAGAUCUGCAAUUGUGUAAGGCACGAGAUGAGGCUUUGUUUUUGGGUCAAACAUAUUUAACAUACUUAUCCAGUUUGCGAAAAUACAACGAAUUGUACAAAGAUUACCAUGGGCGUGGUGAACGCAGCGUCAAAGAAACUGCGGAUUUAGUUGGCUUCAAAUUGCCAACAGAUCCCAAAUAGAAAUAUAUAAUGAUGAAUAUUAACUACAUUUGGUUCAUUAAUAUGUUAAAAUAACCAUUUAUAGAUAGCUUAACCUAAUAUUGGAUUGGAUGUAGUGUUUUGAUGGAUUCAAUAAUAUCAAUGCAAGAAAAACGUAAAAUGAUAUUGAUAUAUUCUUGGACCUUAAUAAAUGGAAAAUGUUAGAUAGUAAUAUAUAUAUAAUGUAAUAA